AUGGUCGCGGGACGAAAGUUUAGAGGUGAACAGAAAAACAAAUAUAUGUGUAUGUCACGAACAGAUACAGAUAACUCAGAUCUAGAAGUAGAUAAUCUUACCUUAGAAAAUACCUCGGGUUUAUUAAAACUACUUAAAUCAAAGCAUCUAUCUUAUGAAUCAAAGAAAAUCCUAUACACCAGUUACAUUAGACCGAUCUUAACAUAUGGAUGUGAGACAUGGUCAACCACCAAAGGAAACCACCAGAGCCUAAUUACAUUUGAAAGAAAAAUACUAAGAAAAAUGUAUGGUCCUCUAUAUAACAGAGAAACAGAGCAAUUUGAAAGAAGACAUAAUAAUGAGUUACGGGAGCUAUACGGAAGACCAAAAAUUCUGUCAUAUACAAGGAGCAAAAGGCUCGAAUGGUUAGGACAUGUAUGGAGGGCGGAUGGCCGAAUUAUUAAACAAGCUCUAAUGGCCGAAAUGACAGGUAAAAGACCUCUGGGCAGAGCCAGAACAAGGUGGAAGGACUCAGUUGUGAAGGAUCUAAGAGUACUUCAAGAAAGGGAUCAGUUAGACGUAGCGUACAAUAGGGAAGAAUGGAGCAAGUUUGUGAUGGCAGCGUUGGACCUCAAUGGUCCCUUAAGCUGA